AUGGCCAAAGAUCUCCCUGGAGGACAUUUCAUCCGAAGAAGGGAUGUUAAUUCACAAUCUCUACUAGGAAAUACUUGCAACAACAAACGUCUGGACCUUGUCUUUAUCAUUGACAGCUCUCGCAGUGUACGUCCUUAUGACUUUGAAAAAGUGAAGGAGUUCAUUUUAACCAUUUUGCAGUUUCUGGACAUCAGUCCUGAUACCACCCGUGUAGGUCUGAUUCAGUAUGGCAGCACAGUCAAGCAGGAGUUUUCGCUUAAGACCUUCAGGAGGAAGCAGGAUAUCGAACGAGCGGUGAGGAGGAUGAUGCACCUGGCAACUGGCACCAUGACUGGACUGGCUAUUCAAUAUGCUGUCAACAUCGCAUUUUCAGAGUCAGAGGGAGCUCGACCUCUGAAGCAGAAUGUGCCUCGAAUUAUCAUGAUUGUGACGGAUGGGAGGCCUCAGGAUCCAGUGUCAGAGAUUGCCACUAAAGCACGUAACUCAGGAAUCCUGAUUUUUGCCAUCGGAGUGGGAAGAGUAGAUAUGAACACACUGAAGUCCAUCGGGAGUGAACCGCAUGAAGAGCAUGUGUUUCUGGUUGCUAAUUUCAGUCAGAUUGAAACACUGACUUCUGUCUUCCAGACUAAACUUUGUGUACGCCAUAUGUGCAGUACAGUUGAGCAUCGCUGUGAUCACUUCUGCAUAAACACCCCUGGCUCCUACAUAUGCAGAUGUAAACAGGGAUACAUUCUGAAUGCUGAUCAGAAGACUUGCAGCACUCAGGACCUUUGUGCCGUGGAGAAACAUGCCUGUGAGCAGAUUUGUGUGAACACACCUGGGUCUUACGUCUGCCAGUGUUAUGAGGGGUAUGAACUUGAUGCAGAUGGAAAGAAUUGUGUUGUUGUAGACUACUGUGCUUUGGAUAACCAAGGUUGCCAACAUGAAUGUGUUAACACUGAGGACUCCUAUUACUGCAGAUGCCACCCCGGGUUCAUUUUAAAUCCGGACGGAAGAACUUGCAGAAGACCAGACUUUUGUGCUCUUCAGGACCAUGGCUGUGAACAGGAAUGUGUUAAUACAGAUGAUUCCUAUUUUUGUCGAUGCCAAGAAGGUUUUAGGCUUAAUCCAGAUAAGAAAACAUGCAAAAAAAUAAACUUCUAUGCUUUAGGUCAGUGUUACUGUGAACGUGAAUGUGUUAACAUGGAAGAGUCAUUUCUGUGCAAAUGUCAUCCUGGAUACGCCCAACGAUGUGACGGCAGUACGUGCAGAAAUGAGCGAGUGGAUCACUGUGCUGAGAGCAAUCAUGGCUGCGAGCAACUGUGCCUCAAUACGGACAGCUCCUACGUCUGUCAGUGCUCUGAAGGAUUUGUCAUCAACGAAGACCUAAAAACCUGCACACGAGUUGACUAUUGUGCUCUGAGUGAUCAUGGCUGCGAACAAUUGUGUGUAAAUGGCGAGAGAUCUUAUUCUUGUCAGUGUUUUGAAGGAUACAGGCUUCGUAAUGAUGGGAAAACCUGUAAAC